CAGCAGCAGCGGAGCCUGGUGGGGCGCUCCUCCGAGCAGCAGGAUGAAGCUGAAAGAGGUAGACCGUACUGCCAUGCAAGCAUGGAGCCCUUCUCAACAUCAUCCCAUUUACUUGGCUACAGGUACCUCUGCUCAGCAGUUGGAUGCCACUUUCAGUACCAAUGCUUCUCUAGAAAUAUUUGAACUUGAUUUGACAGACCCAGCACUGGAUAUGAAGUCCUGUGCCAUUUUCUCCUCCCCUCAUAGGUAUCACAAAUUGAUCUGGAGUCCUCACACAACAACAUCCGAUGGGACUCUUUCAGGAGUUCUUAUUGCUGGUGGCGAAAACGGGAAUAUAAUUUUGUAUGAUCCAGCUAAGAUAUUAGCUGGUGAAACCGAAGUCAUGAUUGCUCAGAACGACAAACAUACGGGACCUGUAAGAGCUCUGGAUGUUAAUCUAUUCCAGACAAAUCUAGUAGCUUCUGGUGCAAAUGAGUCGGAGAUCUACAUCUGGGAUUUAAAUAACUUUGCAACGCCAAUGACGCCGGGAACCAAGACUCAGCCUCCUGAAGAUAUCAGCUGUAUUGCGUGGAACAGACAAGUCCAACAUAUCUUGGCCUCUGCGAGCCCCAGUGGCCGUGCCACUGUGUGGGAUCUCAGGAAGAACGAGCCGAUCAUCAAAGUCAGCGACCACAGCAAUCGGAUGCAUUGCUCAGGGCUGGAAUGGCAUCCUGAGGUCGCCACGCAAAUGGUUCUGGCUUCAGAAGAUGACCGGCUACCCGUAAUCCAGAUAUGGGAUCUGAGAUUUGCAUCUUCUCCUCUUCGUGUUCUAGAAAACCAUGCCAGAGGUAUUUUGACAAUUGCUUGGAGUAUGGCAGAUCCUGAACUACUGCUGAGCUGUGGAAAAGACUCUAAAAUCCUUUGUUCCAAUCCAAAUACAGGAGAGGUGUUGUAUGAGCUUCCUACCUCUACCCAGUGGUGCUUUGAUGUGCAGUGGUGUCCCAGGAAUCCCGCCCUUCUCUCUGCUGCUUCUUUUGAUGGGAGGAUCAGUAUUUACUCAAUCAUGGGAGGAAGCACAGACAGCCUGCGACAAAAACAAGUGGACAAGCUCUCCUCGUCUUUUGGCAAUCUUGAUCCCUUUGGAACGGGACAACCCCUUCCCCCAUUGCAGCUCCCACAACAGAGCAUCCAACAGAGCACAGUUCUGCCUCUGAAGAAACCACCCAAGUGGAUUCGCCGACCAGUGGGAGCAUCUUUCUCCUUUGGAGGGAGACUGGUCACUUUUGAGGACAGCAAGACUCAACAGCAAGGAGAACAUCCCCAACAGCGCUACCACGUCUACAUUAGUCAAGUUGUCACUGAGAAGGAAUUCUUGAACCGGUCCAACCAGCUGCAAGAAGCUGUUCAGGCCGAAGCCUUCAUCAGCUACUGUCAGAAGAAAAUCGAUGCAGCCAGAAAUGACUUUGAGAAGAAUGUGUGGUCAUUCCUCAAGGUGCAUUUUGAGGAAGACUCACGUGCCAAAUAUCUGGAACUCUUGGGGUACAAAAAGGAUGGUUUGAGACAGAAGAUUUCUUCAACUCUUGCUAAGGAGAGUCCUCGAGGCAAAGAUCAAGAUGAGGCUCACGAGGAACCUGAACAGCCUGCACAGCCUGAUGGUGGAGAGGGUCUAACUGCUAAGGACCAGCUGUUGGCAGAGAGUAAAAAUGCUGAGGUUGAUUCACUGCAACCCACAAAUGAAACCUUUAACAUUUCUGUCACCGGAGACAUUGAUGGUUUGAUCACUCAGGCUUUGCUGACGGGGAACUUUGAAAGCGCCGUUGACCUUUGCCUGCAUGACAAUCGCAUGGCUGAUGCCAUCAUUCUCGCCAUAGCUGGUGGCCAGGAGCUGUUAUCCAAGACGCAGAAGAAAUACUUUGCAAAAACAAGAGGAAAAAUUACCAGGCUCAUCACUGCUGUUGUAACCAAGAACUGGAAGGAGAUUGUCCAGUCCUGCGAUUUGCAAAACUGGAAAGAGGCCUUGGCAGCUGUGUUGACUUACGCUAGGCCGGAUGAAUUUGCAGUUCUUUGUGAUUUGUUGGGCUCAAGACUUGAAAACGAAGGGGACAGCGUUUUGCAAACGCAGGCUUGCCUGUGUUACAUUUGUGCCGGAAAUGUGGAGAAGUUAGUUGCUUGUUGGACUAAAGCCCAAGAUGGAAGCAAUCCACUGUCUCUUCAGGAUCUCAUUGAAAAAGUGAUCAUUCUGCGUAAAGCUGUCCAGCAGACCCAAGUGAUGGAUGCCAACGCUGUCGGGGCCCUUCUGGCUGAAAAGAUGAGCCAAUAUGCCAACCUUUUGGCUUCACAAGGCAGCAUCGCCGCGGCUUUAGCUUUUCUCCCAGCUAAUACCAACCAGCCCAACAUCGUGGUGCUACGGGACAGAAUCUGUAAAGCCCAGGGGGAGGUGCCCAGGGCACCCUUUCAGAGGCAGCCAGCAGCCAAGGGAAGAACUGACUCUGUUGCGGGCCAGAUGCAGAUGCCACAGAACCCAACUCCACAAUAUUACCAGCAGAGGGAGAAUCCCCCACCUCCUCCAGGGUUUAUUAUGCAAAAGGACAUGAAUCCCCACAUGCCAUCGCAUCCACCUGCCCAUCCUGAUUACAAUAUGUACACAAGACCACCAUGCCCACAACCUUGUCAAUCAACCCAGCCGUAUUCUUUCCGACCGUCACUUUAUCAGCCGCAGCAACCUCCUCUCGCUCCUCCUACUUCGGCCUCGUACCCUACCCCUAACCCCCCUUACAUGCCCCCUAACCCUGCCAGUGCCAUGCCUCCUCCCUUAUACACCUCCCAGCCCCAGGCCUCUCCAACAAGCUUGAAUCCGAGUUCUUCUCUUCCUCCUCCUUCCGCUCCCCCUCCUUCUGGUGGCUCCUUCCAGCAUGGCCGGCCAGGAGCUCCAGCAUCUUCUCUGCCGUACGCGUUGCCUCCCGGACCAACAGACUAUCAUUCUUUACAAGAUCCAGCCAGUUUCCUGCAAGGUCCUCAAAAUGGCUGGAAUGAUCCUCCUGCUCUAAGCAGAGCUGCGAAGAAGAAAAAGGUGCCUGAUACCUUCUUGCCUCCUGUUCCCAUCAUGGCCCCCAUCAUGACUCCUUUGUCAGACCAACAAGCGCAGCUGCAGCAGCAGCAGCCUCCCACAUCAGCCCCACCUCCGCCUCAGGUUCCCUUCCAGCCUUCCCAUCUGCCUCCGGGCCAGCCAGGCUUACAGAACCCCUUCCAGAAUGUUCCGCCAGGGGUCCAGACAAUCAUGACUCCCGUAUCGGCGUCUAGCAUGGAAGGAGCACCUGGAGCACCAACAGGGAACACCAUGCAGCACAUGCAAUCCCUGCCCACGGAGAAGAUAACAAAAAAGCCCAUUCCUGAAGAACACCUCAUCCUAAAGACCACUUUUGAAGCUUUGAUCCAGAGAUGUCUCUCUUCAGCUACAGAUCCACAAACCAAGAGGAAAUUAGAUGAUGCCAACAAACGCCUCGAAUUUCUGUAUGAUAAGCUUAGAGAUCAGACGCUCUCUCCAAUGAUAAUCAACGGCUUGCACAACAUUGCCAGGAGCAUUGAAACCCGGAACUACACCGAGGGGCUGAACAUCCACACUCACAUCGUCAGCACAAGUAACUUCAGCGAAACGUCAGCUUUCAUGCCCGUGCUGAAAGUAGUCCUCACUCAAGCCAACAAGCUUGGAGUCUAAAGUAGGCUUCGGUCGAAGUCAUAGAGCUGUGGAAGGCUGCAUGACGUGUUUCCAUAUUCUGUCCCUUUAGAGCAUGAUGCGGUAGAGAGCAAGUCACGGCAGUGUCCCUGCCAGAGGAGCUCCAUUUUAGAAGGGCUCGUGAGCUCUGGUGCUUAUUCUUUCUCUUCUCUUUUUUUAUUAUUUCUACCUACAGAUAUUGUAUUUAAUUAUGCCACCCCUUCCAUAUCGUCCAUUUUAAAUGCAUGGUAUCUGCUGCUUUGAAAGUGGCUUUUAAAUACUGUAAAGAGAGAGAGUGUGAGGCAGCCAUCGUCGAAAGAAAUUCCUUCCACAAGUCUCAUUAUCAACCAAUUAAAAGUUCCAGAUUCUAUU